AUGGAGGAAUAUUAUUACUAUGAUGAGGAUGGCGGCGAUGAGGAAGGCGAAGUGUGGGAAACGGCGCUGGAAAGCGCCUACGCGAAUGCAAAGUCUAUAAUGAACACUUCCCCUGAGGAGUGCGCUGCUGGGCUUCACAGCGUUGUGUGUGAUGACCCUAUUGGAGGAAGAUGGACAUUUAAAGCGCUAAAAAUGUUGGCACGACUUAGUUUGCGUACAAAAGCAUAUGAGGAUAUGUUAAAAUAUUACAACCGGGUAGCUAACUUUCGUCAUGAAGAUAUUAAUAAUGGGGCUUUGCAGAAGGCCAUGAUGAAGUUUAUGGAUGAGGCACAACGCGUACCUGUGGAAUAUUUUGAGCGUGUACUUCAGAUAACUAUUGAAGCCUCAUCCAAAAAUAUGAGAGCGUUUGGAAAACUUUGGUUUAAUGCGAAACUCAAACACGCAACUUUAUCGCUAGAAGCAAAUAAUCUAGAUGUUGUUUUAGAGGAAAUGGAUCCUGUUGUAGCCUGGUGUAAGGAAGAAGAUCAAUUUUCUUUUAAAAAGAGUGCACAACUCUUUCUUUCAUAUGCUUUGCUUCUGGAGGUAUAUACAAAAAAGAAUGAUUUUAAGCGAAUACGGGACACUUUUCUUUUAGCUAUUUCUAUUGUAAAUACUAUUCCUCCUUCUCGUGUAGCGGGUAGUGUGUUGGAAUGUGGUGGGAAAAUGUAUAUGCAUAUUCGAGAUUGGUCUUCUGCAUUUCGUUGUUUUUCUGUAGCAUUUCGUAACUACAAUGAAAGUGGUGACCCACGAAGAAUAGAAUGUCUUAAGUAUUUGGUACUUACUUGUAUGCUUAGUGGUUCUACAAUAGAUCCAUUCGCCACUCAUGAAACAAAAAAUUUUGAGGAUACAGCAGAAAUCCUCCCAAUGGCAAAACUUAUGAAAGCAUUUACUGAUAAUGAUGUUCAGGAGUUCCUUAAUGUCGUAGAAGAGUAUAAGGAAACUUUUAAAGCGGAUCCCGUUAUUUACAUGAACCUAGACUUGGUAUUGGAGGAACUUCGUCUACAGUCACUGGUCGCGUACGUUGCGCCGUACGAGCGACUUUACAUGAAACGAUUGGAGGAUGUUUUAGUUACCAACAGCGACGAGGUGAUGCGCUUGUGUGUGAGGGCCACAAUGCGGGGAAUACUAAACGCUUCCUUAGAUGAUAGGGAGGAUGUGAUCAUUGUUACUCAGAGAGAGCGGGAGGUGGUGGGGCAGGAAUCUGAACGAUUGCAGGCAUUGCGUCGAUGGAGUGCUGCAAUUCUUGAGUUGAACGAAAAGGCAAAGAAGACAAUCGGUCGUAUUGUAUAA